UUGUCGGAUUUGGACAAGCAUAGGGUACUUGGGAAAGGCGCUUUUGGUGAAGUUUGGUUGGUUAGUGACACCAAGAAAGCGGGAAAGUCCUUCGCCUUAAAAUCAAUAAGUAAGCGAACGCUGCUUGAAUCCAAGCAAGAGCAGAGUGUUAUAAACGAGAAGGAAUUUCUGUGUUUGCUACAACACCCUUUCAUUCUCAACUUGGUUGCAUCUUUUCAAGAUGAAGAGAAUGUUUAUCUUCUUCUUCCGCUUGUGCCAGGAGGCGAGCUUUUCAAUGUUCUCCAAAAACAGAAACAAAAACAUUUGGGAUUGGUGAACGACCACGCAGCAUUCUACUCUGCCUGUACUAUCGAGGCUAUUGGGCACCUGCACCAAAGGCAAAUCGCUUACCGAGAUUUGAAGUUGGAGAAUAUCUUGAUUGAUACUGAGGGCUAUUGCAAAAUCAUCGAUCUUGGCUUUGCUAAAGUGGUAGUCGACAAGACUUACACACUGGUUGGCACUCCUGAAUAUCUUGCACCCGAAAUUAUUUUGUCGAAAGGGCACGAUAAAUCAGUCGAUUACUGGUCGUACGGUGUCCUUGUAUAUGAGCUUCUCGUAGGACACUCUCCUUUCUAUCUCAAACAUUCCAGCCAAAUCGACAUGUUCAAGCGCAUUGUCAUGCAGAAGUAUACGAUUCCAGAAACGGUGGAAGGUCAUGCGAGAGUUCUGAUUCAGGACCUUUUGAUCCGAAAACCUGAAAAACGCUUGGGAAAUCUGUCCAAAGGCUACUUUGAUAUUAAAAAACAUGCAUGGUUCGAAAUGUCAAAGAUAAAGUUUCGCGCCUUGUUGAAAAAAACCCUCGAGGCGCCUUGGAAACCGCACCUCAGCGGGGCCACAGAUUCCUCUAACUUUGACUCUUUC